AUGGCGACUCCAGACGAAAUUCAGGAAAAGGCAUUUUGCAAAUGCUCUGUUCUAAUCAGUCAAGCCAUUCAACAUUCCAACAGGCUCAACGCAAAGCAAGAGGCCAAUGGACUCCCGCCAAUGAACUCGCUCGUAACAGACUUUACGUGCAUCCAGCUGGCUAGCGACACCACUGACCCGGACGUAGACGUGAUCGGUCAGCAACUGGAGCAAGAAUAUGGUGCCACAACGUUCGAGGCAUUUAUCAACCUCCUCGCUGAGAUCACAGAAAGAUUAGACGUCUGCAGGACAGCUACGGGAAGCCUUUCGAGGCAUCGCACAAGAAAAGAUUGGGAUCCUUGUCCUGGCGACUUUACCGGGCAUGCUCCCGACAUCUUGCGCCACAACAGAACCAUGUCACGGAGAUGGAUCUCCAACUUGCCCAGCUAUUCUACGGGACUACUAUUCCACGGGACUAUUGCGUUCCGCACGCAAACGAUGCCCUCGUUGAACGAGGGUGCCUAUGUCGAUGGGGAUGGUGGCGGUCGAGGGACGGAGAAUGGUGCGAUUGAACCCAAGUUUGAUUAUGAGCGUUGGCUCGACGAGGCAUUCCAGCCCAGCUGA